GUCGCUUCCUCAAUUCUCUGAGGGACCCUGGUGCGGAACAUCAUUCUCUGCUGCCCAGUUUGUCAGAGGGAGCCUCUGGAGAAUCUUCCAUUUUCCAUCAUGGUUCUCUGUCGCAGGACCCUGCACCCCUUGUCUCUCCUGGUACAGGCUGCAAUGCUGGCUGAGGCUCUGGCCCUGGGUACCCUGCCUGCCUUCCUACCCUGUGAACUGAAGCCUCAUGGCCUGGUAGACUGCAACUGGCUCUUCCUGAAGUCUGUGCCUCACUUCUCUGCCGCAGAACCCCGUUCCAACAUCACCAGCCUUUCCUUGAUCGCCAACCGCAUCCACCACCUGCACAACCUCGACUUUGUCCACUUGCCCAACGUGCGACAGCUGAACCUCAAGUGGAACUGUCCGCCCCCUGGCCUCAGCCCCUUGCACUUCUCCUGCCGCAUGACCAUUGAGCCCAAAACCUUCCUGGCUAUGCGCAUGCUGGAAGAGCUGAACCUGAGCUAUAACGGUAUCACCACUGUGCCCCGCCUGCCUAGCUCCCUGACGAAUCUGAGCCUAAGCCACACCAACAUCCUGGUACUCGAUGCCAGCAGCCUUGCUGGCCUGCACAGCCUGCGAGUUCUCUUCAUGGACGGGAACUGCUACUACAAGAACCCCUGCAACGGGGCGGUGAACGUGACCCCGGACGCCUUCCUGGGCUUGAGCAACCUCACCCACUUGUCCCUUAAGUAUAACAACCUCACAGAGGUGCCCCGCCAACUGCCCUCCAGCCUGGAGUACCUCCUGCUGUCCUAUAACCUCAUCGUCAAGCUGGGGCCCGAAGACCUAGCCAACCUGACCUCCCUUCGAGUGCUUGAUGUGGGUGGGAAUUGCCGUCGCUGUGAUCACGCCCCCGACCUCUGUACAGAAUGCCGGCAGAAGUCCCUUGAUCUGCACCCUCAGACUUUCCGUCACCUGAGCCACCUUGAAGGCCUGGUGCUGAAGGACAGUUCUCUCCACUCGCUGAACUCCAAGUGGUUCCAGGGUCUGGUGAACCUCUCGGUGCUGGACCUAAGCGAGAACUUUCUCUACGAGAGCAUCAACAAAACCAGCGCCUUUCAGAACCUGACCCGUCUGCGCAAGCUCGACCUGUCCUUCAAUUACUGCAAGAAGGUAUCGUUCGCCCGCCUCCACCUGGCAAGUUCCUUCAAGAGCCUGGUGUCGCUGCAGGAGCUGAACAUGAACGGCAUCUUCUUCCGCUUGCUCAACAAGAACACGCUCAGGUGGCUGGCUGGUCUGCCCAAGCUCCACACGCUGCACCUUCAAAUGAAUUUCAUCAACCAGGCGCAGCUCAGCGUCUUUAGUACCUUCCGAGCCCUUCGCUUUGUGGACCUGUCCAAUAAUCGCAUCAGCGGGCCUCCAACGCUGUCCAGAGUCGCCCCCGAAAAGGCAGACGAGGCGGAGAAGGGGGUUCCAUGGCCUGCAAGUCUCACCCCAGCUCUCCCGAGCACUCCCGUCUCAAAGAACUUCAUGGUCAGGUGUAAGAACCUCAGAUUCACCAUGGACCUGUCUCGGAACAACCUGGUGACUAUCAAGCCAGAGAUGUUCGUCAACCUCUCCCAUCUCCAGUGUCUGAGCCUGAGCCACAACUGCAUCGCGCAGGCUGUCAAUGGCUCUCAGUUCCUGCCGCUGACCAACCUGAAGGUGCUGGACCUGUCCUAUAACAAGCUGGACCUGUACCAUUCGAAAUCGUUCAGUGAGCUCCCACAGUUGCAGGCCCUGGACCUGAGCUACAACAGCCAGCCCUUCAGCAUGCAGGGGAUAGGCCACAACUUCAGUUUUCUGGCCAAUCUGUCCAGGUUACAGAACCUUAGCCUGGCACACAAUGACAUUCACAGCCGCGUGUCCUCGCGCCUCUACAGCACCUCAGUGGAGUAUCUGGACUUCAGCGGCAACGGUGUGGGCCGCAUGUGGGACGAGGAGGACCUUUACCUCUAUUUCUUCCAAGACCUGAGAAGCCUGAUUCAUCUGGACCUAUCUCAGAAUAAGCUGCACAUCCUCCGGCCCCAGAACCUCAACUACCUCCCCAAGAGCCUGACGAAGCUGAGUUUCCGUGACAAUCACCUCUCUUUCUUUAACUGGAGCAGUCUGGCCUUCCUGCCCAAUCUGCGAGACCUGGACCUGGCAGGCAAUCUACUAAAGGCCCUGACCAACGGCACCCUGCCUAAUGGCACGCUCCUCCAGAAACUGGAUGUCAGUAGCAACAGUAUCGUCUUUGUGGUCCCAGCCUUCUUUGCUCUGGCGGUAGAGCUAAAAGAGGUCAACCUCAGCCAUAACAUCCUCAAGACUGUGGAUCGCUCCUGGUUUGGGCCCAUUGUGAUGAACCUGACGGUUCUAGACGUGAGCAGCAACCCUCUGCAUUGUGCCUGCGGCGCACCCUUUGUAGACUUACUGCUGGAAGUGCAGACCAAGGUGCCUGGCCUGGCUAACGGUGUGAAGUGUGGCAGUCCCCGCCAGCUGCAGGGCCGCAGCAUCUUUGCGCAAGACCUGCGGCUGUGCCUGGAUGACGUCCUUUCUCGGGACUGCUUUGGCCUUUCACUCCUGGCUGUGGCCGUGGGCACGGUGUUGCCUUUACUGCAGCAUCUCUGCGGCUGGGACGUCUGGUACUGUUUCCAUCUGUGCCUGGCAUGGCUACCUUUGCUGACCCGUGGCCGGCGCAGCGCCCAAGCUCUCCCUUAUGAUGCCUUCGUGGUGUUCGAUAAGGCGCAGAGCGCGGUUGCUGACUGGGUGUAUAACGAGCUUCGAGUGCGGCUAGAGGAGCGGCGCGGUCGCCGAGCCCUACGCUUGUGUCUGGAGGACCGAGAUUGGCUGCCUGGCCAGACACUCUUCGAGAACCUCUGGGCCUCCAUCUAUGGCAGCCGCAAGACUCUGUUUGUGCUGGCCCACACGGACAAGGUCAGUGGCCUCCUGCGCACCAGCUUCCUGCUGGCUCAGCAGCGCCUGCUGGAGGACCGCAAGGACGUGGUGGUGUUGGUGAUCCUGCGCCCUGAUGCCCACCGCUCCCGCUACGUGCGACUGCGCCAGCGCCUCUGCCGCCAGAGUGUGCUCUUCUGGCCCCAUCAGCCCAACGGGCAGGGCAGCUUCUGGGCCCAGCUGAGUACAGCCCUGACUAGGGACAACCACCACUUCUAUAACCGGAACUUCUGCCGGGGACCUACAGCAGAAUAGCUCAGAGCGAGCGACAGCUGCAUCUUCACGCCUGGUCACCGGGUUGCUCUGCCUGCCUUGCUCUGUCUUAUAUUGUCAUAUAUUGGCAAGUGUGCAAUAUAUGCUACUAAGCCACCAGG